ACGUACUGGGCGGGUAAGGGCAGCUAAAUGCUUCUCUACUCGCUCUUGUCGACGUCUACGUCUGUGUGCCUUUUUAUUUCGCAGCUGGUUCCUCUGGUAAGCGCUCAGGGCGUGUAGUUUCUCCGUCCCGGUUUGCGCUUUUUAUCCUGUUCAGAACUAUGUCCGCAAGUAGACCAGGUCCUGAAGGGGACGACACAGACGCGAGGCGAGACGAUGGAAAACAGCCAGCGGGAUCUUUGUCUGCUCCUUCGCCCAUGGACGUUGAUGCUAAGCCCCACUCCCACAGCUUCAGAUACAGCCUCCGGUACCCCAACAUUGGCCAGUGCAUCGUCAUCAACAACAAGAACUUUGACCAGCGCACAGGUAUGAAUCAGCGAAACGGCACUGACGUUGACGCAGCCAAUGUGUGUAAAGUGUUUACAAAGUUGGGCUAUGCAGUGAAGAUUUACAAUGAUCAAACAACCGAUCAGAUGAUGAAGAUUUUAAGUGCAACAUCUACGCACGAUCACAGCGACUCCGCCUCGUUCGUCUGCGUUCUGCUGAGCCACGGCGAUGAAGGCGUGAUCUACGGUACCGAUGGCCCGGUGCAGCUCCAGAGUCUUACUUCAUUAUACCGAGGCAAUCGCUGUAAAACUCUGGUGGGAAAACCCAAACUUUUCUUUAUCCAGGCAUGCAGAGGCACCGAUCUUGAUCCGGGUAUUGAAGCCGACAGUGCAGACGAAACCACAAAGAUCCCUGUGGAAGCAGACUUCCUCUACGCCUUCUCCACCGCUCCAGGCUACUACUCCUGGAGGAACACGAUGACUGGCUCUUGGUUCAUCCAGUCGCUGUGUGACAUGAUCAGCAAAUACGCAAAGGAACUGGAGCUUCUGCACAUCAUGACACGAGUAAACCACAAGGUGGCAGUAGAGUUUGAGUCUGUGUCCAAUUCACCAGGGUUUAACGCCAGGAAGCAGAUCCCAUGCAUUGUGUCCAUGCUGACCAAAGAGAUGUAUUUCUGCCCUUGAUGUUGAAUUCUCAGCAGAAACCUGAGCUUGGCAGACGUGAUUACAGAUCGAUUGUGCUUUUCCACGUGAUUUCAGGUGAACAUUUCACUUCUUAGGAGAAAAUGUGACGCUUCAGGAUAUUUUUAAUUUAAUAGGCUUGGGAUUAUAGGUUUCUCACUUUGUGUUGUGUAUGUCUGACAUGAAUAGUGUUCAGUAUUUUAUAUGACAUGUACUUGUUUUUUUUUAUUAUUAUUAUUUAGUUUUUCAGAAUUUAUGUAAUUUUAUUUUAUUUUUUUAAUCAUUUUCAGGCUAAACCCAAACAACAGGCAUCUAGUUUCACUCUGCCUUCUCGUACCUUUAAACAAACCAAUUUCAUAUUUAGUUACUGAGUUUCGGUAAAUUUCUUUAGGCUGUUGAGCGUUCUGAAAAGUCAUGGAGAUGAGCAUAAAAACACUUCCUUUAUAAAUAGUUUUCUCAAUCUUUUAUACUGCAUCCUAUUUCCACUGAUUGUGGUUCUGAUCUCAGAUCAGGCCUGUCUGCUCUUAUUAGAGAGGAUGGAUUUUGCUCCUUGAUCAGGGAGUCACAAUAUUGGGAAAUAGGAGUGUUAUUAAGUAAUGGGAUGCAUUUAGUUAGCAUUGCAGGAUUAUUUGAAUUCAUCCACAAUAAAGGACGGAAUGAAUGGCCUGUAUUAGAUCAUGUCAGCCCAUCUUGGUAGGAUUUAAGUUCAGACUUUGACUAUGCCAAUGCUGAGGUUGCAGACUGAUGGCUGAACUUUCACUUUCAGGACUUUUUAUGUUAUUUUUGUUGUUGUUGUUAUUAUAAAGCAGAAUUCAUCACUCAGUAACAGUUAUCUAGGUCCCGAAGCAGUCCCAGACCAUCACACUGCCACCAACGUGUUUCACUGUGUGUUCAAUGUUCUUUUUCUUAAAUGCCGUUAGUUUUACACCAGAUGUCACACAACACACAGCUCUUUCAAAAGAAUCCGCUUUUGUCUGAAUGUUUUUCCAACAGUUUCAUGGAUCAUUGAAAUGUCUUUUUUUUUUGGGACGUUGGAGGGGAGGGUCAUAAUUAUUGAAUCAUGACCUCUGACCUCAGUAGAGGCAGGAAGGCUUGCAGUUCUUUAGAUGUUCUGGGAUCUUUUUGACCUCUUAGAUGAGCCGCUGGAGCGUUCUCAUUGUAACUUUGGCUCUAACUGUAGUUUGAUCUCCAUAUACAGUGAGACUGUCAGAUGGUAGAUGGAGGAAUGGAUGGUGGAAGUAAACCCAACAGAGUGGUUAGCUAGUUAACUUGUGAUUUAACAAGUGGAGUAAUUCUAAACUUUAUUUUGUAUUCAGUAGAAUUAUCUUUGCCAGCACAAUCUGCUUUAAAUGAGUACAAAUACAGUGAAACUCUGUGAAGGACGAAUGUUUUUUCAUGACACUGUAUGCUCUAUGUGGCCAUCAAGACCAGCGAAACUCCAACUGACCAGUUCUGAGUGAUCUGUGCAACUUCACUGUUUACACUCUACACACUUCAGGGAAAUACCUUUUUCAGCCAGUUUGACCGUUUUUGUACUUGUCUAAUCAUAAAACUGUCGAAAUGUAUCUGCACACAAUCACAUUUUGUAAAGGCGGCAAGUCUUUUUUAAAGCUGUAUUCUCUGUUUCACCAGACAUUAAAUUGCACAAUCAUACUGCGAACAAUAAUGUAAAAGCGUCGCCAGGCUUUGGUGGAUAAUGUGUAACACAACCAAGAGCGGCAUGAGAGCUGUAACGAAGCUCGCAAUCGACUUUAAAACCUUGAAUUUCUGAUUAGUUUUUCUUCCUGUAGUGAAAUUUACAUUGAUGAAAUUGACUGAGUCUGUGCUCCGGUUAAAUGUUUUUUUUAAAAUUGGUUACAGAAGCCACGGAAGCCAUUCACCAAAUGUUGUGAUAAUAGUUUUCUUGCCUUAAAACCUUUUGUACCAGUUUAUUUAAAUAAUCUGACCAAAACAACUCCAUUUAGGCCUCAAGAAGGGAAACCGUUGGAUUGUUGUACUUCUAUCAUUUUUCUAGGUUCUCGUAAAUUUACACGUUUGCAUGCUAAGCACACUCUGGUUUCAGGAAGUGCUCUUUUGUGAGAAUCCACUUACAAUAAUGACUUGUUUUAGUUUCCUCAAUUUUGAAAGGUGGACAGUUUUUACAUUUGUAAUGUACAACAUCACUGUUUAUCAGCAGCUGCAUCACGAGCUUGAUGGAAUGUUUUUGUUCUUCUAAAUAAACUCUUUCACUCAUA